GUGAAAUUUCCACCACAGUAGAAGAUUACAGUUCUGAGGUAAAUGGUUGCAGUUUUGUGACAAGAACAUCAAUACCUGCAGGCUUAAUCAGGGAAGAAGAAUUUGGAGUUGCAGAGAUUUGUUCUGAGCAUGGAAUGCAGCACUCUCAUACGCAGCUAGAGGUGAUGGAGAAUGAAUUGGCUGGGAAACAACAAGAGAUUGAAGAGCUAAACAGAGAGCUAGAAGAAAUGAGGGCAGCCUAUGGUACAGAAGGAUUGCAACAGCUGCAGGAAUUUGAAGCUGCUAUCAAAAAGAGAGAUGACAUUAUUACUCAGCUCACUACAAACCUACAGCAGGCACGGAAAGAAAAGGAUGAAACUAUGAGGGAGUUCUUAGAGCUUACUGAACAAAGUCAAAAACUGCAAAUUCAGUUUCAGCAUUUGCAGGCAAGUGAAGCCCUAAGGAACACCAGCCAUAGCUGCACAGCAGCUGAUUUAUUGCAAGCCAAGCAACAGAUACUUUCACAUCAGCAACAGCUAGAAGAACAAGAAUGUCUGCUGAAGAAUUAUCAAAAAAAGAAUGAAGAAUUUGAAGUGCAGAUUAUACGUCUUCAAGACAAAAUCACAACAUAUGAAAUGGGAGAAGAUUUGAGUAAACUGCAGGAAAAGGAAGUAUUAGUUGAAGAGCUGGAAGCAAAACUUGGAGAAGAAGAAAAAAAUUCGUUUCAGCUUAAGGAAAAACUAUCAGAUGUCAGUAAAUUACUUGAAGAAUUGAAAGAACAGAUUUCACUAAAGAACCAGGAGAUAAGUAAUAUGAGAGUUGAACUUAGCACCUACAAACAGAAAGAAAGACAAUGUUCUGAUGAAAUAAAACAAUUAAUGGGAACUGUGGAAGAAUUGCAGAAACGAUGUUAUAAAGACAGCCAGGCUGAAGCUGACAUUGUGCAAAGAAUGGAAUUAGAAACACAAAGGAGACUGGCGCAGCUUCAGGCUGAAUUAGAUGAAAUGCAUGGCCAGCAGAUUGUACAAAUGAAGCAAGAAUUAAUUAAGCAACAUGCAAUGGAAAUAGAACAGCGUCUUUUGCAACAAAAAGUAGAAUUGGAGAAAACUUCAAGUUUGUGUUUGCAUGAGAAUGUUAACAAAGAUCAAAUGCAUUUAAUGAAUAUUAAAAUUAAUGAACUGAAUGUGAAAUUGAAAGAUGCUGAUAAUGAAAAGGAAAAAAUAAGGCAAGAAUUGUCACAGCAGAUGGAAGUAAUUUCAGCAGAGAAGUCUCUUCAGCAAACUAAAAUUGAAGAUCUUUUCCAAGAACUGAAUUUUUCAAGAGAGCAGGUUCAAAGAGCCAAACAAACUAUAGUAGAUAUGGAAAGUAGAUUAAGUGAAGCUGAAAAAUACCAGUUUGUGAUUGAAGAUUUAAAAACUCAGUUGGCUUCUGCCUCUGAAUUCAGGAAGGAAUUGGAAUUAAAGCAUGAGGCAGAAGUAACAAAUUACAAAAUAAAACUUGAAAUGCUGGAAAGGGAGAAGGAUGCAGUUUUGGACAGGAUGGCAGAAUCUCAAGAAGCAGAAUUAGAGAGACUAAGAACAAAGCUUCUGUUUAGUCAUGAAGAGGAACUUUCCAGGCUUAAAGAAGACUUAGAAAAAGAGCAUAUGGUGAACAUGGAAAGCAUCAAAGUUAACUUGAAUAUGCACCAUAAACAGCAGUUGGAUGAGGUACAGAAUGAAAUGAGUAAAAAGAUAGAAGUCAUGCAAUGUGAAAAGGACAACUUAAUCAUAAAGCAAAAUCAGUUGAUAUUGGAGAUUUCAAACCUGAAAGAUGUACAGCAGUCUAUUGUAAAUUCUAAAUCUGAAGAAAUGACGCUUAAAAUCCAGGAGCUGCAGAAGGAAAUUGAAGUGCUUAGGCAAGAGGAAAAAGAAAAAGGUACCCUUGAACAAGAAAUUCAAGAGCUGCAGCUUAAAACCGAAUCGUUGCAAGAACAAAUGAGGGAGAGAGAAGAUAGCCUUCAAAAAAAAUGUUCAGAACUUGAAACACAAAAUAACCUUCUUAAGGGGGAAAACAGAACCCUGGAAGAGAAAUUAAAGAGCAUGUUUGUAAGCUCUGAAGAAAAUGUCAUUUUUAACAACAUUGUUAGCAAUAAGUCAGAAAUUUUGGAUUUGCAAAAAAGAGUAGAAAAUCUAAUUACUGAAAAUGAGCAACUUAAAAACCAAACCAGUCAACUCCAAGCGGAUACUGAAAGGCAGAAGAGUGCGUUUUCAUUUACUGAGAAAACUCUUGAAGCUAAUUAUAAAGAGCUGCAGAAAGAAUGUGCAAGUCUUCUGAAAGCAAAAACGGAGUUAGAAGAGAGCAAGAAUAAGCAGGAAGCUGAGUAUAAAAGCAAACUCAAAGAUUUGAAUGAAAAACUUCAACACUUAGAAAGCAAUAGACCAGUUUUAAAUGAAAUUAAAACUUCUGGUUUGGAAGGGAGUAAAGAAAUCAAGGUGUCCAGGGCAGACACAUUUGAGGCUGGAGAAGUUGUAGAGAAAGAUGCGACAGAACUUAUGGAAAAGCUUGAGGUUACCCAGCGUGAGAAACUGGAAUUAUCCCUGAGACUUUCUGAUCUCUCUGAACAGUUGAAGUCAAAGUGUAGUGAAAUUUACCAUUUAAAUGAAAAAGUUAAAUCCUUAAAUGAUGAGAAAGAACAGAAUAUAGCAAAAUGUAAAAAACUAGAACUCAUAAUUAGCCGUGCUCAGAGAGGAAACAGUAGCAGUAAUGACCCCAAAACAAAAUGCUCUAAAGGAAAAGCUCUCAAGACUGCUGCUGCAGCAUCUGAAAGGAGAAAUAAAACCCCUGGUUCAAGGAAUGAAGUUGAUGAAGGAACAAAUAUAAGUGGAAAUCUAGGUUUGGGUAAAGAUGUCAGUCAUGAAUUAACAAAAGGGAAGGAAGUUCAGCAAACACUGAAACUGAAACAGCAGUCUCAUGUAGAUUUGCAUGGGACGACAGACAGGCUGACAGAUGAAACAUCAGUAAUAGCCAUUACACAGAGUGAAAAUAAUAAUCUUCAGCAGCAAGUGGAUGCCUUAAAAUCAGAACAGACUGAUUUACAGCUACAGAUGGAAGCCCAGCGCAUUUGCCUGUCCCUGGUUUAUUCAGCUCAUGUAGACCAGGUUCGUGAGUGCCUGAAAGCAGAAAAAGAGACUGCACUUUGCAGUCUUAAAGAGGAGCUUGUUCGUAGUCAUCUACAAGAGAUGAAUGAUCUUAAAAAAAUGCAUCAGCUGGAGCUCCAGACCUUGAAAAUUCAACAAGCAGAUGAUGAAGUCAGAUCUACACAAAGACUUAUAGAAAAGCUGAAUGAAGCUGUAACUGAAGAAUGUUCUAAGCUUGCUCAGGUUUUGUGUGACAAUCAGAAUGAACAUUCUUCCGCUGCUGUAGAAGUUGGUGAUAGGGAACAGCAUAUUUUCCAUAGACCUGCUGCUGUGAGAGAGAAACUGAGUGUAGAAUUACCAGUACACAGAGGUCAAGCUCAGGCUGUGCAAGAACGUAUGGAUGCACUUCUACACAAGAUAAAGGAAGAAUACAAUAGGCUGAAAGCACUUCAAACACAGCUGAUAAAAGAUUGUAAACAGGUCAGAGAACCAUGGCUGUUGUCCUCAGAAAAGAGGAAAGAGGAGGAACCUAGCCAUCUGGAAACAAGAAAGGAAUGUCUGCAGACCCCUUCACAGGGUCUGAUGGAUCCUAAGAUUCAAGAAUACUGUUCGAAGGAGAUAGGAAACCUUAAACCACAACUUGAAGAACAGCAUGCUCAAGAGCUGGAACACCUUCGGUCCUGUUUCCAACCGCAGCUGAAAGAAAGUGAAGAGUGGGACACUGCAGAGAUUGUCCAUAUGCAGGAUAAGCUUCAGAGUGGUGGGGUAUCCUCUGACCACGCAAGUGUAUCUACAGAUUCACAAUUAAAGCUAAAAGAUGUAUUCAGGGAAGUGAAGUGCACUGAAAAUCUUCAUCCACAAAGAACAGAUGAAGCACUGCAGCUUGCUAAUGAAAUUGAAAUGCAGAAUGAUGUGGAUGUUGUUCAGUUGCUAGAAAAACAGUACCAAGAAAGGUUAGAAGAAGAAAUCGCAAAGGUAAUCGUGUCAAUGAGUGUAGCAUUUGCCAGACAGACUGAAUUGUCAAGAAUUGCUAGGCAGAAGGAAGAAGCAGCACAAACACAGAUUGUACACCAAGGAGUGCAUUUUGAAAUUAAAAAGCAGUGUAGUGAAGGAGAGGUUGAUGGCCCUCUUAGAAAAGCUACAGAAAAAGGCAGUAAGCAUGAAGAAGAACUGAAAUCACUCUGCAAGGAACUCACUGAAGAGUCUGGUGAGAUCAACUCACUUGGAGAACAGCUUCAUUUGAAUAGCAAGCCCAGUUGCAUAUUAGGACAGACCACACAUGAAUCAGUGAUUUCUGAAGACCUUUUUUCCCAUGUCAAGGAGCUUACGGCAGAAGAAACACCGUGCUACAGUGAGAUGACUGUGUCGGACAGAGAAACAUCAAGUCAGCUGAUGUUAUAUGAGGAACGUUUGGAAGACAUGCGACAGGAGCUAGUACGGCAGUAUCAGGAGCAUCAGCAGGCAACAGAAUUACUGCGACAAGGGCACAUGCAGCAAAUGGAACGUCAAAAAGAAAAUCAAGAGCAACUCCUGGCAGAGCUUGAGAGUCUAAAAGUGCAAUUAGCUGAGCGUGUCUCAAUGGAGAAUGACAGCCUGGUUGCAGAGAGAGAGAGAAUGCUUUUAGAAGAACUGGAAUCAUUAAAGCAACAUUCUGUACCCAGAAAAGAAAGGCUGGUGUUUGUGCUACAAAACAACAGCACACAAACGGAGAAUGAAAAUGAAAACCAAAGCGAUGUGAGAGAGCAGAACUUUGAGGAUGAAGAUGGAGGAAGAAAGCCUGAUGAAACGUCUUCAGCUCUUCUUUCUAAAGAAAGGGAUGUUUUUCAGAAGGCUAAUGAAAAACUCAUGAAGAUUCUUUUAGAAAUUGUGAAGACAACUGUGGCCAUGGAGGAGACAAUUGGUCGCCAUGUUCUCGGGUUACUGGAUCGGUCUGGGAAAGUUCAGCCUUCCAAAGCAGCUGGAUGGGACACAGAGACAGAGGACUCAGUAAAUCCCUGCAUCCGUGUGGGAUAUGAAAAAGAAUCCUGUUCCUCAUAUCACGGUGGUGGUAUGGGAGAUGACGAUAUUCACACAUGGUCAGGAGCAACAGAUGAAGGACUACUGAGCCAGCAUCUUGCAGAAAGUGGAGUGGAAUUAGAUCCUGAAAAUGAAGAACUCAUUCUGAAUAUUAGUUCUCGCCUACAAGCAGCUGUUGAAAAGCUUCUGGAAGCCAUCAAUGAAACGUCAAAUCAGCUUGAACAUGCUAAAAUUACUCAGACAGAACUCAUGCGAGAGUCCUUCCGAAAGCAACAAGAGGCAACAGAAUUUAUCAAGUAUCAGGAAGAACUACAAGAACGUCUUAAUGAAGAAACCAAAGCUAGAGAGCAGUUGGCUCUGGAGCUUAGUAAAGCUGAAGGCCUCAUUGAUGGUUAUGCAGAUGAAAAAGCAUUUCUGGAAAAACAGCUCCAGGAAAAAAUAGAUGUAAUUGACCAUCUUGAGCAAGAACUACUGAGUACAGGUAACAAAUUGCAGGAGUUAGAGGCUGAACAGCAGCAGAUCCAGGAAGAAAAGGAGUUACUCUCCAGGCAGAAGGACGCCAUGAGAGCAGAUGCGGGGCCAGUAGAGCAGCAAUUGCUGGAGGAAACAGAAAAGCUAAUGAAAGAAAAAAUUGAGGUACAGCGUCAAGCUGAAAAAGAAUAUGAUGACCUCCAGAAGCAAGUGAAAGUCUUGGAAAUAGACUUGGAAGAACAGGUCAAUCGUUUCAUAGAGCUAGAGCAAGAAAAAAAUGCAGAACUAAUGGAUUUAAGGCAGCAAAACCAGGCUUUGGAGAAGCAACUUGAGAAAACAAGAAAAUUUCUAGAUGAGCAAGCAAUUGACCGAGAGCAUGAGAGAGAUGUAUUCCAGCAAGAGAUACAGAAGCUGGAACAGCAGCUUAAGGUUCCACAAAGGAGUCAGCCUGUCAAUGAACAUCAGACCAGAGAGGUGGAACAGUUAACAAACCAUCUGAAAGAAAAAACAGACAAAUGCAGUGAGCUUUUGCUCUCUAAGGAGCAACUUCAGAGAGAUAUACAAGAAAGAAAUGAAGAAAUUGAGAAACUGGAGUGCAGGAUAAGAGAACUGGAACAAGCCUUAAUUAUCAGUGCAGACAAUUUGCAAAAGGUGGAGGAAAGGAAGCAGUUUGGCACCAUCAUAGUAAAGGGAGAAUUACCUCUUGAAGUACAGCUGCAAGCUGAGCGAGAAGCUGUGGACAGGAAGGAAAAGGAGGUCACAAAUCUUGAGGAACAACUGGAGCAGUUUCGAGAGGAGCUAGAAAAUAAAAAUGAAGAAGUGCAGCAGUUGCACAUGCAACUGGAAAUUCAGCGAAAGGAGUCCACUACACACUUGCAAGAACUUCAACAAGAGAACAAAUUAUUUAAGGAUGAAAUGGAAAUACUGGGACUAGCUAUCCAGAAAUCUGAAGAUGCCACCAUAAAGGACCAUCACGUACUGGCUGGGAGGCUCACUCGCAUCAUGCAAGAAAAGGAGCAGGAAAUAGAUCAUCUUCAUGAAGAAAUUGCAAAACUGCAACAGCAACUUGAAGUCACAACUGACAACAAAAUUAUUGAGGAGCAGAAUGAGCACAUACGGGAGCUUGAAGCCCAGGUAGAAUGUCUGAAAAGCGAUCAAGAACGUGUGAAGAAAAAAAAUUAUGAGGAAGUAGAGCAAUUGAAUGAUGUAAUUGAUAAGCUUCAAAAAAAUGUAUCUGCGGAUACUGCAGCUUUACAAGAAGAUGCUGACAGUUUGAAACACACACUUGAUACAGUUCUAGCACAAAAAGCAGCUUUGGAGAAGCAAGUAGAAAACUGGAAUGUAGAGGUAUCUCGAACAAAGAAUGAGCUUGAGGAAAAGAACUUAAAAAUUAAUCAGCUAAAGCAAGAGAUAAGUACGUUAAAAAAAGAGAAUGAAAGAAUAGAGAAUUAUAAGCAUGCACUGAUGAAAGGUGAUUGGGAAAAAGCAGAAGGCAGAGGCUAUGGGAAAAUUGAAGAAGUGGAAGAAGGCUCAUGUGAGAAGCUAGAGUUGCUAGAUCAAAGCCAGCUUAGGUCUUCAGAUGAAAAUACAAGAGUCACAAUUAGCAAAAUGGAGGUUCAACUGCAGCAACUUCAGGCAUGCAUUAAUGAAAAAGAUUCAGAAUUGUGCCAGUCCUACAAUGAAAUAAAAGACCUGAAAGAGCGAGGCAAAGCUGAAAGAGAAACACUUAACAAGAAGAUAUUAGAACUGGAAAAAACUCUAGUGGAAAAAGUUGCUGCUGCUCUUGUGAGUCAAGUUCAGCUAAAUGCAGUUCAGGAGCAAAGGAAAUUCAUGCAGGAAAUUCAGGAAGCUUCAGAAUGUGUAGAGGAAGCCAGCAAGAAUGCCCAAACAGAAGGUGUGAGCGAUAGAACUGAAAAUGAGACGGAAUCAAAAUUAUCAUUCCUAACACAGAAGCUUAGUGAGAUGGAGGACCAACUGGCAACGGUAAAUCGUAACUUGGAGCUAGAAACAGAAAAUGUAAAAAUUGCCCAAAAGGAAGCUAAGAUGAAAGAAGAGAGACUUUCAGAACUUCAGCAAUUACUAGAAGAGGUGCAAGACAAACACAAAGGAGAGAUUCAGAAAUACAUUAAGCAAGAAGAAAUGCAGACAUAUCAGGUAGAAGCAGAACUCAUGGAAAGUCGAAAGGAAAAUGUGCUUAUUAAUGAACUUGAACUGGAGAAAGUUAAAGAGGAGGCAGCUGCUGCUAAGGAAGAACUGAGCAGUUACAGAGGAAAGGCAGAAAAACUUCAGCAAGAACUAGCAGUAAAAGAAGCAAGUCUGACACAUCUUCAGGAAGACCUGCGCAAAGUCAAAGAGAACCUAGUUCAAGCAGAAGAGAGGCUUGCAAGUUACGUGAGAAAGGACAAGGAAAUGGCAAAAACUGAAAGCAAAAAGGAUGCAGAGAUAUUGUGUGAUUUGUCAACCAGUGAGUCGAGUCUAACUAGAAAAAGCUCACCAUCGCAGACAGACAAGACUGUGGAAAUCAACAGCUGUAUCCAAACUUCACCAGUCGCUGUUAAAAAUGCAGAAAUCCAAAUUGAGUUGCAAAACGGAUGUUCUUCAGAAGAGGUCACGGAGAUCAUAAGAGAAUUUACUGAGAAAAUCGACCAAAUGCAGGAACUCCACGCUGCUGAAAUCAUGGACAUGGAGACAAGGCAUAUCUCUGAAUCUGAAGCGCUAAAGAGAGAGAAGUUUGUUGCAGUGCAGGUAUUGACUGAAGAAUGUAAUACUUUAAAGGAAGUCAUAGAAACUCUACGAGCUAAAGAGGGAAUCCCAGCUUCUGGAAUAGCAUGUUCUCCACUGUAUCAAGCUAGAGAUGGAGGUUCUAGUGACUCCAGUUCAGACUGGAGUCAAGGAAUGUAUCUUGCUCAGACCCAGGGAUCUGACACGAUAUCUGAAGGAAUAGAUGAAGGUGAAACUUCAACAGAUUUACUUCCAAAAAAAAUUAAGGGGUUGCUGAGAGCAGUCCAUCAUGAAGGUAUACAGGUGCUGUCUCUCACUGAAUUUCCAUACAGUGAAAGAGAGAUGCCACCUCUUAAGCAGGAGACGGAGUGUUGGUUUGAAGAAAGGAAAGCUUUUCUAAGCACAAUUUCAUCUUUAAAAGACCUAAUUGCAAAAAUGCAACUUCAUAGAGACGCUGAGAUUUAUGCAAGUACCGAAUCUCCUGAAAGUGUCUCAGACUGGCGAGGAGAACUUCUGCGUGCUGUUCAGCAGCUUUUUGUGAGAGAGCAAAAUGUCCUCCUCGCUGCCUUUCAAACCGAACUGGCGGAACUGGGCACAAGAGAUGCAGUGAUACUGAUGAGUCAGUUAGAGCACAGACUACAAGAGCAGGCUACUAACCAGAGAUCAGCAAUGGACUGUCUUCAGAAUGCAGACAGAAGAAGUUUGCUGAUGGAGAUUCAAGUAUUGCACGCUCAGAUGAACAGUAAGAAAAAUAAUCCAAAGAGAGAACAAGAGAUGGAUUCAAAAAACCAAGAAAUGCUGGAGUAUAACAUGCAGCAGAAGCAGUCACAGAUACUGGAGAUGCAAGUGGAGCUUCGGAGUGUGAAGGACAGAGCAGCUGAGCUACAGGAACAGCUGAAUUCAGAGAGAAUGACGGGUACUGAGCUGAAGAAUGAACUUGCACAAGCCAAACUAGAGCUUGAAACAACCCUUAAAGCACAGCACAAGCACUUCAAGGACCUAGAAACCAUCAGGACUGAAGUUAAAGAAAAAGCAGCUGAGUUAGAUAUUCUCAAGGAUACAAUGGCCAGCGAACAGAAGAAAUCGAGAGAGCUACAGUGGGCUUUGGAAAAGGAAAAAGCUAAAAUGGAACGCGGUGAGGAAAGAGGAAGAGAAGAGCUUGAGGAUUUAAAAUUUUCACUUGAAGAUCAAAAACAAAAGAACUUAGAGCUAACUAAACUUUUGGAGCAAGAGAAACAGCUAUCAACUGAUCUGCAACAGAAAAUUGAAUCCCAAGAAGCACUCAGUGCUGCCCAGCUGUCACGUGAACGGGGCCGUAAUUCUGAGUUGCAGGUGCUUCUUGAAUCAGAGAAGGUUCGAGCUCUUGAAAUCAGCAGUGCCCUAGAAAGGGAAAAAGAGCUAUGUGCUCAGCUUCAAAGUGCUGAAGAUAAGGGGCAAGCUGGAACACCUAAUCCUUCUGAGGAAUUACUUAAGGAGCUACAGAAACAAAUGGAUGAAAAGCAUGACCGUAUAGUGGAGUUAGUAAGUGAGAUGGAGAAGUACAAACUGGAAUCUGUGCAAGUGAGACAGCAAAUGGAAAAAGAAAGGCAGAUCCAGAGGAAAGCAUUGCAAGCAGAACAAGAUGCUAACAUAAUAGCACAGAAGAAACUCCAUGAACUGGAGUCCAAAGUAGAAGACCUUCAGUGGCAACUUGGAGAAAAGAAGCAAGAGGUUCAUAAACUAGGGAAUGAAACAAAGAAGUUGCUUGAAAUAAUCCAAGAACUACAGAACAAAGAGCAGGAGAAUGAAGGGAGAAGGGAAGCUGGAAGGACACCAAGCCACAACCCAAAUGAGACUACCUGGGAUACACCCAAUGACAGAACAAGAAAUUGGGUUCUCCAGCAAAAAAUGGAAGGAGCUGAGACGAAUGAAUCAACCUACCCCAUGCUGACGGGAGGAGGAGAGCUCUCUGCUGCUACUGAAAUCCUGGAAAACGUCAGAAAAAAGCUGCAAAACGCAUCUCCAAAGCUGAAGCAGUUGGCUCGGAAAGCUGCCAGCAGGCUGCAGUUCGAGACAGCAGAUGAUCAAGACUUCAUUGGAAUACAAAAUGCUAUUGAGGAGGUUAUUUCAGAGCUGCAAAAACUGCCCGGAGCGUCCUGUCUGGAAAAGCUGAAGCUGGUGCUGCCACCGGGGACUCCAUCCAGCUCGUUGACGGAGAGGCUGCUGAGACAAAAUGCUGAGCUGACGGGCUUUGUCAGCAGACUGAGCGAAGAAAAGAACAAUUUGAGGAAUGCUGUUAUGAAACUGGAGGAAGAAGUGACAAGAUACAAGCACAGACAACCUUCUGGAGAUUACUCUUCUAGACACUCAUCGGAUGUUGGAGUUAAUAUCGAUACUCUUCUUGCCUCUGAGAAGGAAAUUUGGAACAGAGAGAAGCUGUCACUGCAGAAGGCUUUGAAGCAAGCUGAUGCAGAACUCUCCAAGCUGAGAGCAGAGCUCAGGAGCGAAGCUUUCCUCAGAGAACUGGGAUCAGAUUCUGAAAACACUGUUUUAAGGAGAAUUUAUGGCAAAUACCUACGAGCAGAGAGUUUUCGGAAGGCUCUCAUAUAUCAGAAAAAAUAUUUGCUGCUGUUACUGGGCGGGUUCCAGGAGUGUGAAGAAGCCACGCUGGCCCUCAUUGCCCGAAUGGGUGGGCAGCCUUCCUACACGGACCUCGAAAUCAUCACGCAUCACUCGAAGGGUUUCACGAGAUUUCGCUCUGCGGUCAGAGUGUCCAUUGCAAUUUCACGAAUGAAGUUCCUGGUUCGUCGCUGGCACCGAGUUACAGGUUCUGGUGGACUAAGUGUCAACAGGGAGGUCUUCAGCCAGAACACAGGUACCCAGUUACGCUCGGAUUCAUUCUCUGGCGGCGUGGAUCUUUAUGGAGAACAAAGGCAUUCGUACAGCAGAUCCAGGUCAGACAUGGAGUCUCCUAGAUCUCCUGUAAACUUUCAACAUAAGCUCCCAAGUAUGCAUGCCGAGCUAAACCCCGUCUCCUUCACCUGCUCUCAGCUGCAGAACUACGAUCCUGAGCGAGCUUUGACGGAUUACAUCAAUCGGCUGGAGGCGCUACAGCGGCGACUUGGCAGCGUGCAGUCAGGUUCAACUUCAUACACUCAGUUGCACCUGGGUAUGAGAAGAUAA